AUGGCCACAUCGUGCUCAAUUCGAUUCUGGAAUUUCCACCGAUGUUUCCCGUUCCAAAUAGGUUAUGAAAUUUUCGGAGAUUCGAGUACAGGCAAAUCUUCCUUACUAGUCCAGCUCACCGACAAACGCUUCUUAGGUCAAUCUGAUCCAACCAUCGGUGUGGAGUUUGGUGCCUCAUUGAUCUCUCUGCCCAAUGGUAAAACUAUCAAGGCUCAGGUUUGGGAUACAGCUGGACAGGAAAGCUUUCGAUCAAUCACUCGGUCUUAUUACCGGGGAGCAGCAGGAGCGCUUCUAGUAUUUGACACCACCUACCGGACAUCGUUCUUGAACCUCUCACAAUGGCACGAAGACCUGAAGACAUAUGGUGAUCCAGACCUCACGGUUGUUGUUGUCGGAAAUAAAUCAGAUCUAUGCCCGGCAACUUCUGAUGAUUCUGAUCCCGCCUCAGCCCCAGCUCGCCAAGUCUCUCAUGAUGAAGCCUUGAGUUGGGCCCAGGAAAGAGGAUUGGAAUAUAUCGAAACUAGUGCUAAAACCGGCGCUAAUGUCGAAGAAGCGUUUGCUAAAGUGGCGCGAAAGAUAUAUGAAUCUGGACGAUUGGAUCUCCAAAACCGGUCGAAUCAGCAACGACCUGGGACCAGUUUUCCAUUGUCUAAUAAUAACAAUAAUCAAGAUCGUAAACAGUGUUGUGGAUGA